AUGGAAUGGCUCAUUGCUAAACGUGGAGAUGUCAAUGCAAUCUAUAACUUCAACUGCAGUGACAAAUAUGCCACUCCGGAAGAGUUCACUCUGAAAGACGGUACUCCUCGUCCAAUUCUUGGAUACAUUGAUUUGUUAUAUGGAGUAGUUAUAAUGCUUCUCUACGUUCCAUGUCUUUCUGUGAUGCUUCAAAAAGAUAAUAUACGUCUUUCAUGUUUCAAAAUUAUGUUUUUACUUGGAUUCGUCGAUUUGUGUGCAAUUGGUGUGAAUUCUGUCACUAAUGGAAUUCUCCUCAUCGAAGGAGCAGUCUACUGUUCUCAUCCUUUGACCAUUUUCAUCACUGGUGCUCUAGGACUUGGUUUAUGGUGUUCUGCAUGUAUGAUCUGCCUCAUUCUGGUACUCAAUCGAGUUUUGGAUAUUCUUUUUCCGACACUUGUCAAGAGAUAUUUCGCUGGAUCCAGAACAACAAUGGUUCUAUUGAUUCCAGUCUUUUAUGGUCUCUACUUCUGUUUUUUCACUCCUCCAUUACUUUUCACUUCGAGAUAUCAAGCAUGGUUCUUUGAUCCGUUCAUUUACGAGAACAAAACUUUGGAGUACCAAAACUAUCCACAUACUGCCAAUAAUCUGUUCAUUGUCGUUGCCACUUGCAUGCUUUAUGGAUAUUUCUGUGCUGCAAUUGCGAAACAAUUCCGGAAAAGAGUGGAAUCGACAAAUAAGAAAUCUCAUACUCAGAUUUUCUUGCAAUCCACUUUGAUUUGCCUUGUCAACUUCGUCGCCGCCAUGAUUUAUGUGUACAUGCAAUUCUUCCCGGUGGCUGAUUUCGUCAUCGUCAUCGGACACAUCUCUUGGCAACUUGGUCAUGGAUGCCCGGCAUUCAUCUACCUCUUCAUGAACACAACGAUUCGUAAUGGAGUUUCUCGUAUUUUCAGAUUAAAGAGACCUCAUGUUCACACCAAAACAACGACUACCGUAUCCAUGGUUGGACAUCCAGGACACCAUCAUCAUUCCAGCUCAGUUCACUAA